UGCAGCGCGCUGUCGCUGGAAUCCUACCAAUCAAUCACUCAAGAUAGUCAACAUACGAUGUAGAAGGGGACAUAAACGCAGAAACAGGUGAUUGUGGCAAAGGUUGAUUAGAGCAUCGAAGGUAAGGGACUAUAUAUAUCGAGAGCAUGUGAAGAAGUGAUGGAGUGGGAUCAUAGUUCAUAGAGCCGUCGAGAAAAGCAUAGUUGCGUUGGGCCAAUCCCCAGACUUCGCGGUUUGGGUUGUAGUUGCAGCGUGGUAUUGGCAGAUCAUAAAUCCAAGAGCAAGAGGGUCGGGCGAACCAUAUAAAAGCCCCCCGCCCAGAUGGCCGAGCGUGUGUCCCUCUCGCUUUCACUGCCCUCACCAUCCCCCCGGUCUCCCCCCAAAAUGGCCGCUUUUGGUGGCGCCUCCGCCACCGCCUCUUCUCGAUUCCUCUCCUCCUCAUUCAGAGCCUCCCUCUCCCUUGCCGCUUCUGCUCCUUCACCUUCCCUUUUCUAUUCCUCAUCCUCCUCGUCUGGCCUCAGAUCCUCCCCUCGCAUUUCCCAUCUCUUUCUCCAUCAGCGAAGAGCUGAGGCUCGUGUAUCGCGGAGAGGAUACGUCACAGUCUCUGCGCCCAAGUCGUUUGCAUCUGAUCCCGAUCAGUUGAAGAGCGCUAGAGAGGAUAUUAAGCAGAUUCUCAGGACUAAGUUCUGCCAUCCAAUACUGAUUCGCCUGGGAUGGCAUGAUGCUGGUACUUAUAAUAAGAAUAUUGAGGAGUGGCCUCAGAGAGGUGGGGCUAAUGGUAGCUUGAGAUUUGAUGUUGAGCUGAAACAUGCAGCCAAUGCUGGACUUGUAAAUGCAUUGAAUCUUCUCAAGCCAAUCAAAGACAAGUACUCUGGUGUGACAUAUGCUGAUUUAUUUCAGCUGGCUAGCGCUACUGCUGUAGAGGAGGCUGGAGGCCCAAAAAUCCCUAUGAAAUACGGAAGAGUGGAUGUCUCUGGACCCGAAGAAUGCCCUGAAGAAGGGAGACUUCCUGAUGCUGGUCCCCCUUCACCUGCUGACCAUUUACGGCAAGUGUUCUACAGGAUGGGCUUAAAUGACAAGGAAAUAGUUGCACUAUCUGGUGCGCACACCCUGGGGAGGUCUCGACCAGAACGUAGUGGGUGGGGCAAGCCUGAGACUAAGUAUACGAAAGAUGGGCCAGGAGCCCCUGGUGGGCAAUCUUGGACAGUGCAAUGGUUGAAGUUUGAUAACUCUUACUUCAAGGACAUCAAAGAAAAAAAGGAUGAGAAUCUAUUGAUCUUGCCAACUGAUGCUGUUCUCUUUGAGGAUCCAUCAUUUAAGGUCUAUGCUGAAAAGUAUGCUGCAGAUCAGGAAGCAUUCUUUAAAGAUUAUGCUCAAGCUCAUGCCAAACUCAGUAACCUUGGAGCUAAAUUUGAUCCUCCCGAGGGCAUUGUGAUUGAUGAUGUAUCUUCAAAGGCUGACAAGUUUGAAGCAGUCAAGUGCUCGCCUGGAAUGGUUGCACUAUUGCAUCACUUAUCAAUUUUUCAUUCUCAUGUUGACGAUGAUUAUAGAAAUUUUUAAGUAUUCCUAUGUGAAAGACUCACACGGGGGAAAUCUUAAGUUGGCAUAUUCACUGCAUUUCUUUUCCUUGUUUGUUGCAGGAGUCAAAGCAAGAGUCAUGUUUUGUUUAGCUAACUCUUGGUGAAAUAACACGAGUAAUGAAGCUAUAUUUCAAAUCUUGUGAUCUUGCAAGUAGAAGUUGGCAGUCUCUUAGGGAAAUGAAUAAAAAUCUGUAAUGUGCUUGUUUGAAUUGCAGAGAAGCUGUCAGAGGUCAUAAAUCAGAAUAUUUAGGCUGAGCUUGUAGCAAUUAGGGGAAAACCAGAUAAGCAAUUAUUGUCAAGCUAUUUUCGGAAUAUCAUAAUGGUCAUUGUUGUUUUGGCAGUUUUAGUUAA